AUCUCUCAGUUUAUACAAUUUUUUAAUAUAUAAUGCAUGAACGAGAUGGCCAUGUGCCAUGGCAUGGGCAGUCUAUUUAAGUCGCGAGAAAAGUGAAGCUGCUUUGAUCAUAUUCACAUAUAUACUCUCAUAGCAAGAAACGAAGAGAAUGGCAGCUGGUAUAGCAACUUUAUUUCUUGACUCGAUAUGCCUCUACCUUCUCUUUGUUCUAGUAAAGUUUCUAUACAAAGUAUGGUGGACACCAAUUUGGACACAAAAGGUGAUGGCCAAACAAGGAAUCAGAGGCCCUCGUUACAGAUUCCUGCAUGGAAACAUGAAGGAGGUUAUGCAAAUGAAGAAGGAAGCCAUGGCAAUAACUAUGGGUCUCUCAAAUGACAUAAUUCAGAAGGUUCAGCCUCAGUUUCACAGAUGGAUCAACACAUAUGGGAAGAAUUUCCUUUUCUGGCAAGGACCUAAAGCACAGGUUUUUGUGUCCGAGGGAGAGCUUAUGAAGGAGAUAUUGAAUAACAAAGAAAAAACAUAUCCAAAACAAGAGCUUGCCCCUUAUGCACAGAAGCUGAUUGGGAACAGCCUUGUGUCCUUUGAAGGUGAAAUAUGGUCCAAGAUGCGUAAAUUGGCCAACCAUGCCUUCCAUGGAGAGAGCCUUAAAAAUUUGACGCCAGAGAUGGUUGCUAGUUCGGAAAUGAUGCUUGAGAGGUGGAAAAAACAUGAAGGGAAAGAAAUUGAGGUUUUUGAAGAAUUUAAGCAAUUGACAUCAGAAGUUAUUUCCAGGACAGCCUUUGGAAGUAGUUAUGUUGAAGGGAAGGACAUUUUUGAGAAACUAAGGAAAGUACUCAUGAUCGCUCACCGACCUCCUCCAUCCAAAUUUAGUUUCAGUAACAUAUUCAGAGGUAAUGGAGGAGAAAAUGAAAUGCAGAAGCUAGUGAGCGAGAUGCGGAACGAAAUCUUGGAAAUGAUAAGGAAGAGAGAAAAGAAGGUGAAGAGUGGAGAAGCAGAGUCUUAUGGGAAAGACUUUCUUGGAUUACUUCUACAAUCAUGUCAUGACCCUGAUGAGUCCCAGAGGAUUACAGUGGAGAAUGUGAUCGAUGAGUGCAAAGGAAUGUACGUCGCCGGACAAGAAACCACCACUAACUUGCUCUCAUGGACAAUUAUGCUCCUAGCUAUCCACACCGAUUGGCAGGAAGAAGCAAGAAAGGAAGUUCAAGACAUAUUUGGCCAACAAAUUCCAAACCCAGAUGGAAUUUCCAAACUCAAAAUCAUGGGUAUGAUCAUCAAUGAAACGCUGCGAUUAUAUCCUCCGGCAAUGGGAGUAAUUAGGAAAGUUAAUCGAGAAGUUCAAUUGGGAAAGUACAGGCUACCAUCAAAUACAAACUUCUACCUCCCAAUCCUGAAGCUUCACCAUGAUCCUAAGACAUGGGGAGAGGAUGCUCAUCUCUUUAAGCCGGAGAGAUUCGCAGAAGGAGUUGCCAAAGCUACCGGAAAUGAUGUCUCUGCCUUUUGUCCCUUCGGAAUUGGACCAAGAACUUGUGUAGGAUCAAAUUUUGCAAUCACAGAAGUUAAGAUUGCUCUUUCAAUGAUUUUACAGCGCUAUAGCUUCACUCUCUCUCCGGCUUACGUUCACUCGCCGGUGCAAGUUCUUCUUCUUCGCCCACAACAUGGAGUUCAGAUCAUACUUGAACCAUUGAAUAGAUAGCGGAGAUUGAAUUAAGCUUCUGUUGAAAACGAUUACUGUGGUGUGGAAUGGUCGAUAUAGAUGAUUUUUAUUACAUCUUCAGAUUUGGUACUGUUUAUGUACGAUAAUCGUUUUGUCAUGGAUUACAGUUUACAAAAGAAGUUGGCGUUAUUUUAAAUAAAAUAUAGAAAUAAGAUAUUUAAUUGUAAUCAAUC